CCUUAAUUGUAAACAAUCAUAGUUGUCUAAUGAUGCUUGUUUUUAGUUGUAAUGUCAUUCGGUGAAGUUUAUUUUUAUUUUGUGGAUCAUGUGGAAGUGCCAUAAAUGUGGAAAACCCGUGUACUUUGCUGAACGGAAGCAGUCAUUGGGAUAUGACUGGCAUCCAGAGUGCCUGAGAUGUGAAGAAUGUGGCAAGCGUUUAAAUCCAGGUCAGCAUGCUGAGCAUAAAGGAGUACCAUACUGCCAUGUGCCCUGUUAUGGAGCUUUAUUUGGACCACAACUGUUUGGGCACGGAACUCGUGUGGAAUCUCAUACAAGUUUUGGAAAGGUAGAGAAUCGAUCUGGUGGACCAAAUCUACCCAGGUCUCACAUAGAAUCCAAAUUGAAAAUAUUUAAUCAAUUUUAUGAUGGAAAAAGUGGUGAAAUAAGAAGUAGAGAGGUAAAUGGUCGCCUUGUUUUAGAAGGUGCCCUGCGAAUACAUUGGGGAGUGUUAGGAAUGAUUCAUCUAAAGGAAGAUGACGAUCAGCGCACUGUUGUAACUAUAAGGAAACGUAAUUCUUGCCGAAGUGAUGGUUUUAAUGGAGUUGAUUUUGAGGUGGACUUUGAAAGUUUUGAUGAUGAUAUUUACAAUCAUUUGGCUGAUGUGACAGAUGAGAACAAAGAACAAGAAACAUCCUGUGAUGAACUGUCAUCCCCUGAUAGUAGUAAUGCAAAUCAUGAAUUAAAGCACGGUGCUCAAACUUUACCACCAAAACUUGAUGUUAAACAAAUUGAUUGGGAUGAGCUUGAUGACCUCCUGCAGGUGGAGAGGAAAAGAGAUGAGUCUGAGAAGAUAUAUCAAACAAUGCCAGUCAGUCUCCCAAGUGUUUCUACACAGUCAAGUGUAGAUUUCUCAGAUGAAACAACACAUGGGAACACAUUCUCUACACAGUCCAGUGUUGACACAGUUGACAGCUUCACUAGUGAAGGAACUGGAUCCGCAACAGAUUCCGCAGGUGUAGACAGCACUGCUGCUACUCGUGGCAGCAACAGCAGCCAUACCAACAGUGGUGAUGGAGAUGCAAAUGGAGAUCGAUCCAGUUUAGAUAAGAUACCAGCAGACCUCGCAAGUCUGGAUAAGUUUCCUAGUCUUGAAAAAAAUCUGAACAGGUCUAUGAGUGGUCCGGACUGUCUGGAAAGACAUUGGGAUCAGGGAUGUAAAAUGGAUGCAACCACACCAGUAAUUCCUGAAGCAAAUAAUGAUGAUGUUUUUAGCAGUACAGGUGGAGACACAAAAAAUCAGAGUGAAAGUACCCCUGAUGUUGUCUUAAGAAGAGCAGCUAAAACAGGAUCAACAGCAAUCCGGCGCCGUCCGGGAAUGCGGUCCCGCACUAAAUUGAAGAGAAGGUGCUCAAUUAAUGGCCACUUCUACAACCGAGAAACAAGCUUUUUCACUCCACCUCAUGGCAGCCAAAUGAGUGUCUGGGUCACAUCUCUUGUUAAUACACAGGAAGUUAUUAAUUUGUUACUCGAGAAAUACAAAGUGGACAGCAAGCCAAGUAAUUUUGCACUCUUUGUGGUCAGGGAUAAUGGUGAAAGGCGACGUUUACGUGAAGAUGAAUACCCUUUGUUGGUACGAGUUAUGUUGGGUCCCCAUGAAGAUGUUGCAAAGCUAUUUUUAAUGGAUAAACAGAAUACAGAAGAAAUCAGCAAUGAAGUGGCUCAGUUUCUAAAUCUCAGCAUUACAGAAUGCCGUGCUAUUCUUAUGCGUUAUCAGGAAGAGGAAGAACGAGAAACAAAACGCAUCAAAGCCAAAUAUCGGGAGAUGCGUAGACGAAUAAGGCAAAGAAUGGAUGAUCUUAAGGUAAGGUUAUGAUAUUUUGAUUUUUCUUUCUUGGUUUGGACUGGGUGGAUAGCAGCUGUGAGGAAGAUCUGCACAUAUACUCUACUUCGCUGCAGGUUUAUUUUUUCCGUGUAAAUUGUUGUUAAAAAGUCAGCAAUGUAGUAGAAAGAAAAGAAGAAAUGUACUGUUAGGUGUGCUUGGUUUGAAAUAAGUGCUAUCUGCAAGCUGAACACUGUGGUAGUUUUGAGUGGCUUGUAACUUCAGUAGAAAAUUUGUGAAACCUCUCUGCAACAGAAAGCGAUUUCAGCAUAUAGUGUCAUGUUUCCACAGUGCAGUAGUUUUCGCUCUGGAAGCUGUUCUGUAUGGUGUAUUACUGAUUACAAUAAGUUUGUAUUAGUGUCUGAAGUAACUUGAUGGGGUCUGAUUAUGAUAUUUUCGGAUAGAUCUGCAUGUCUUGAAGUGUUAUGUAAGUAUUGUUAUGAGAUAUUGAUUAAUUACUUGUAAUGCUUUAUGUAACUUGCAUUUGAAGCUGGAUUUAUAUGUAAGGCAGCAUUCUACUCAGUUCUGCAUAUAAGGAGCAAAUGUUUAUGAAUUAAGUAAUGUAACAUAAUGGCAGCAUUCUACUCAGUUCUGCAUAUAAGGAGCAAAUGAUUAUGAAUUAAGUAAUGUAACAUAACUAAUACCAUCUGAGAAGAAAAAAAGUAACAUUGCUCUGACAGUUUAUUUUUAUGGGCACAUGAGUAGUGCUGUAACUGUUUUCUUUGGUUGGUGUCAUCUGUGAAGAACUGGGUAAAAGGCACCAUUUUCAUGUACAGAAACAUUAUUUCACUCCCAGAUCUAUGAUGUAAGUGAAUUACCUUACAUCCUUCAUUUACUUACAUUUACUUGUAUGUUACUACCAAAAAUGUUUGGAUGCAAAGCAAUCAGGAGAUUAUUUGCCCUUUGCAUGAAGUUAAAUUUCUCAUGAUAUGAGGGAAGGAGGUGAGAGUUGUUGGACUCAUAAAUUAUUAGAUACACACACUCCUCAGGAAGUCCUCAGCUCAUGGUCUAGUCUAGUGGCGAGUGUUGCUGCCUCUGGAUCAGGGUCCCGGGUUCGAUUCCCGGCCGGGUUGGGGAUUUUCUCUGCCCGGGGACUGGGUGUUUGUUUGUCCUCAUCAUUUCAAUUGGGACUUUGUAUGGGCAUUGAUGACUGCAUAGUUGAGUGCCCCACAAACCAAACAACAUCAUCAUCAUCAACUCCUCAGAAAAUAUAUAUCACUGCACAGUAUACAAUGUUUUUCAAUUCAUUCCCCCCCCCCCCUCCCCCCUUUUCCUCUCUUCCCAGAAGUCACAUAUAUCCCUUGUCUUUUCAUCAAGUACGUCUUGGCAUUAGGAUGAUCCUGGUAACACAGAACAUUUGAAAAUAUUUUCAGCAGUAUGAGUCUUACAUUUUUCAAAUACUUUUUGUGAAACACUACCGCAUAAUUAAAUGCAGAUGAUUUCAUUUAUAAACGAGAUUUUGCUUUUAGCAUGAACACUUGCAGCACAACAUGCAUUGCACUGACAUUGGAAUAUGUUUUCCUACUUCAGAGCCAACUGAAAUUAUGUAGCUAGUUAACCUAUGAUUGUGUCAAUGGUGUUUUAUGAGACAUAAGGUGGAGAACAUUUGGAGGCACUGCAGUUUCUUAUUUCUGAAGCGUCUCCUUUACAAACAAGAAAUAAAGACCUGCAAGAUUUAAUGAUUAAUAGUGGAAAUCUUACAUACUCUGCAUGUUAGUACUAAAAUCACUUUGUUUAUGUGUCAGUUACUACCUUUGUAUUUUGCUUGUGUCUGGUCAUGAUGCCAUAUUCUGUUUUUUAUUGCUUAUUUAUUUACUUAUAAUGACAUUUACAUUUCUUAUUUUCUUACACUAUUGAAACUAACAUGAAGCUCUUAACACAGUUUGUUAUGGAUGAAAGUACGGGAUACAAACACUCAUAAAAUGGCUGUUUUUCACUGUUUCUAUCCAGAGUUAAUCAUGGAAUUUGUGCUGUAUUUGUAUAAGUGAUACUUGGUAAUUUUGGCACAUGUCUUAUUUUUAUGUCACAAAUCUAUUUAUUUGUAGUGUAAGAUGAAUAAAAACAUGAAGUGUUUAAGUAAUGGUUUCAGGUAAAGACUGUUCCGAGCAUUCUGCUGACAGUUUUUGGUCUAAAGUAAUAUGGAGGGAAAUGUGUUACACUAUUCAAAAAAGUUGCCCAAAUAGUUAUCUUUGCUUUCAUAUACAUUUGUACCCAUACCAGAAAAACAUGUAUUUGCCAACAGAGAUGAUGCAGUCAUUUCUGUAUUUGAAAAAGACAUUUUUGUAUUUUAUUUUUUACAUUUAUUCAAUAUAAUGAUUGGGUGAAAGGACUAUCAGACCUAGAGCAUUACUUUGAUAAAUUUACAUGAUUAAACCUUUUUAGUUUUUUUAGUACUGUACCAUAUUGUGUGCAGAUAACACCACGUGUUUCAUCUAACUGUUGUGAUGGUGAUUGUUCACUUUGCCGGGGGUUGUAUGUUUUUGCUACCCUGUGAGAUGUUCGUGUGCAGCAAUCAGAUCAGACCACAUUUCCAACAAGCUUUUCACCAUAUUAACAAGAAAUAUGUUAUCAGGGCUCCAAAAGGAUUUUCAUGGUUUAAUCUACCAUGGAUAACUACUGGAAAUAAGUUUGGCAAUAAUACUCUUUUUGUGAUGAAUCAUUAACUGAAAUUUUACGUCAUAGAAUAUGAGAGAAUCACACUUUAUAUUUCAAUAUAAACUGCAUGUUCAUCUUUGCCCAAGACUUCUAUAGAAGGUGUGUUUCUUGGUACAUUAAUAUUUCACAUGCAAAUAAAUUUAUUACAUGACUGGAAACCGACUAGAAUGCUGCUGAAUAGUUUUUAACUUUAUGGAUUUAUAAUUGCACACUAUUUUGAAUCUUUUUCAGUACUAGUUGAAAUAUACUCAAAUUUGUCUUGGAGGCUAUGUGAAAGAGAAAGAAAUAUUAUUUGAGACAAUAUUACAUUUUCUUAUGAAGAAAUAUUACUUGAAAACUGGUUAAUAACAUCAUUAAUAUUGUCAUUAAUUUCAUUGAAAAGCCUCUUUUUAUUGGAAGUUAGUCUUUUUUAUGUGUAGUACAAUGUUUUAUAUUGUGUGGUCAAAGAUGAAACUGCAGAUCUCACUGUCAUGGGAACUGUCAAUUCAGCUUUUUUGUAUUUUGGGACAGUAAUUCCAGUCAUCUAGUAGUGUAUAGUUACAAGUCUUUAAGGCUUAGCUGAAAUACUUAGUUCCUUUCAUAUAAUCUUAAGUAAUAAUUAUUUGCAUACAUUUUUGAGCUGUUGUGCAUUAUCUGUUUUUGAGAUAUAUACGGUAUUCAUAUGUUAUUGUUAUGUAAGGGGCAUGUUUUAGACAGGCCAUUUGUUAAUACUCUAGGCUGUUUGUUAAAAACUCCUUCAGCCAUUAGAAGAAAUAAACAUUUUUGUGUAUCUUUUUCUGUUUCAAAUGGUGCUGUGUGUGUAUAUGUUGAGAGUAAACUCUCCUUUUCUUUUUUCAAAGUAUAACUUUUCGAUGUCUAAUAAGAUACCAGAAAGUCCUGAGUGUAAUGCAAAGAAUGGAAGGGGUAAAUGUAACCACUCACUAUAUAUUGGAGACUGUGAGCAGUUGAUUUGCAAGGCACACUUGCAGAGAGAGUUGCCUGAGCACUAGAUUUUUACAUCUGUGUGUGUGUGUGUGUGUGUGUGUGUGUGUGUGUGUGUGUGUGUGUCAGAGAAAGAGCAUUGUCUGGAAGCUUUCAAUUUUAUUUAUGUCUGCUGCUCAACACUUCAGUGACACAGUGAGUGGUUACCUUUAUUUUUAGAUGUAUCAUUCAUUUAGUUUCUCCCCAGAGAGAGAGAGAGAGAGAGAGAGAGAGAGAGAGAGAGAGAGAGAGAGA